UAAAAAUAUUUAAAUAAGCUAUUAACGCUCUUUCAAUGAGAGGGGCUUGCUUCCAUAUUUUUAUGAGCCAUUGCGUACAAUUGUUUUGUGAAUACUAGUAUAUUGUAUAUAGCGGUCUGAUGAAAAUGAGGUAGGGUGGUAAGGCAGGGAAAGAGAGACCUGAAAAAAAAGUGUGACUCGGUUCAUUUUGGAGCAAACCAUGCCAACACAUCCUGGGCACAUCGACAUUUUUUUCUUGUUUUUUCACCUUCUUCCGCGAGACUCAUCGCCUUUGAAACUUCAAGAUCCUAAAAAAAAUCAUCCAUUGACUACUUGAUACACUAGUUCAUCCCACGAAAGCGAAUUUUUUCUAGUCUUUUUGGUGGUAGUUAACCCUUCUCACAUCAUGAUGAAAUCCAUGAAUACAAGAAGUGUGGUCAAGCCAUCCAGCACCGCACAAACCCCUCUAGACCUAUCAACUGUGAAAAGAACAUCUGAUCAUACACCACGUACUCGCCCUCGCAUAUUCGGAUUGAAAGAAGCUCCAACAUAUUAUCCCACUUCAAAGGAGUUUACCGACCCUAUCAAGUACAUACAAAGUAUCCGAGCUGAAGCUGAGGAUUAUGGCAUUGUCAAAAUUGUCCCUCCCAAGGGCUGGUCUCCAGAAUUCAGUUUAGAUACAGAGAUAUUUCGAUUUCGCACCAGGAUCCAGAAAUUGAACUCAAUGGAAGGUGAAACUCGUGCAAACCUGAACUACUUGGAACAACUAUACAAGUUUCAUCGACAAGCUGGUCACCCUGUUCACAAAAUUCCUCAGCUUGAUAAGCGUCCUAUUGAUCUCUUUCGCCUCAAAAAGGAGGUCGCACAAAGAGGUGGCUACCAAACGGUUACAGCUCAAAAGAAAUGGGCAGAAAUAGGUCGUCUACUUGGUUACACUAGAAAGCAAUGUACUUCUAUGUCCAAUGCUUUGAAAUCCGCCUAUAAUCGCGUGAUUCUCCCAUACGAGAUAUGGCUCUCAAAGCAAACAAAACUCAAAGGCGCCGACGAAAUCAAUAAGGCUAUAUCUUCCAUCAACAAGGAUGGUGGUAUGAAGCGUGUGAAAAAAGAAGCAGAAACAAAUGAGGACGACGAUGAUGAAAAUGAGAGAGAUUCUUCCUCACCUGGUAGAGGAGAAAUAUGCGAAAUUUGCAACAUUGGCGAAAACGAAGAUGAAAUCUUACUCUGCGACGGGUGCGAUAGAGGAUACCACAUGUACUGCCUUGACCCACCCCUUAACAGCAUUCCUCGAACAGAAUGGUACUGCGUAAAGUGUUUGACCGCCGCAGGAGAAGAUUAUGGCUUUGAAGAUGGCGGAGAAUACUCGUUGCACUCGUUCCAGCAGAAGUGUGACAAAUUUAAGGAAGAAUGGUUUGCUGCUAAAGAAGUCAAGAAUCCGAAAGCUGUCACUGAAGAAGACUGCGAGGAUGAAUUUUGGCGUCUGGUUGAAAACCCACAUGAAUCAUGCGAAGUUGAAUAUGGUGCUGAUCUGCAUAGCACGCAACACGGAAGCGGUUUCCCAACUAUGGAACGACAUCCUCAAAAUCCAUAUUCGAAGAACCCUUGGAAUUUGAAUGUCAUACCAGUGUUGCCAGACUCUCUUUUUACCCACAUCAAAUCUGAUAUUUCCGGUAUGAUGGUACCAUGGAUUUACGUAGGCAUGUGCUUUUCUGCAUUCUGCUGGCACAAUGAAGAUCAUUACACCUACUCCAUCAACUAUCACCAUUGGGGCGAAACCAAGACUUGGUAUGGUAUCCCUGGAGCUGAUGCUCUAAAGUUCGAAGACGCCAUGCGAAGAGCCGUACCAGAAUUGUUUGAGCAACAACCCGAUUUGCUGUUCCAACUUGUUACUAUGCUUAGCCCUGGAACACUCAUGAAAGAAGGCGUUCGCUGCUAUGUUGUAGACCAACGUCCCGGCCAAUUUGUCGUCACCUUCCCACAAGCCUAUCACUCUGGUUUUAACCACGGAUUCAACUUUUGUGAGGCUGUCAACUUUGCCCCAUACGAAUGGGUAGAUUACGGACAAGAGUGUGCAAAACGGUACAAGCAAUACAAGCGACAUCCUUGUUUCUCUCAUGAUGAACUACUCGUUACCACAGCUCUUAAUGAUGCAAAGGCUGAUGACGCGGCAUGGCUUAAGGAAGCUCUAGUGGAGAUGUGUAAUCGUGAAUUGAACGAUCGUGCAGCCACUCGUAAGCAGUAUCCUUCCUUGAAAGAAGUGAUUGAUGACAAGGACCGACCUGAAGGAAAGACUGAAUGCGUACACUGCAAUGCAUUUACUUACUUAUCACAAAUCUCCUGUACCUGUACCGAAAAGGUAGCAUGUGCGGAUCAUCUUGAAGAGCUCUGCAGCUGUGAAACCAAACAAAAGACACUGAGGCUACGAUUCUCCGAUGAAGAACUUGAGCAACUCGUUUAUAAAUGUACAGACAACUCUCAAGUAGCUUCGGCUUGGGUUGAGAAGCUUCGCAAAACCAUGUCGAAGUCUCAGGCACCAUCGAUCAAGACGCUGCGACCGUUACUACAAGAAGCUGCAAAACUCUCUCUUGUCAUUGAAGAAGUACUCACUUUGAAAGAUUAUGUGGAACAAAUCGAAAAGUGGUCAGAAGAAGCCAACAGCUUCCUAGUACGCAAAUCCAAGUGGCGAAAGUCGGAACACGAUGAUAAGCAAUCAUCUCUAGAGUAUGCGCGUGGACCUACAUACGACGCUAUCAAGCGGCUUUUACAGCAGAGCAAAGAUCUGGCGUUUAGUGCUCCAGAAAUCGCCUUGCUUCAACAGUAUGUAGACUUGUUGGAGGAUUUUGCCACUAGAGCCCAUAACGUUCUCGAAAACCCCAAAGCAACAAUCAGCGAAUGUCAGAAUGUCAUAAAGCUUGGAUCGACCAUCAAUAUAAAUACCAUAGAAUACACGCAUUUGCAAGUCCUUGCUGGUCAAUUGGAAUGGAAGCGAACUGUUGGAGACAAUAUUGACCGGUUCCAAGACUAUAAUCAAGUAACAUCCUUAAUUGACCAAGCCCGAGAGUGCGAUAUUCCAGCCAACAACGAACUAUUGAUUUCACUUGAGGAACGGGCAGCUGAAGCCUCUGUAUGGGUCAAGCAAGCAUCUAGUAUCUUGGAACAACCUUUGAUCAAGCCAGAAGAUUUGCAUCAAGUUUUAGAUUCAGCCAAAAAUGCAAGAGUGAUUAGUGUUGACUUGCGAAACAAAGCUCAGAAUUUGUUGAAUCAGUACAAUGAGGCAACUCGGCUGGCGCAGAGUCUGCUGCAAGCACGGCAAGACUUGAGGACCGACUGGAAGCCACCUGUGAGCGACCUUAACAAAAUCUUGAAACUGAUCAACUAUCUCCCUAUGACCAUCAUAGGAGCAGAUCUAUUCCAUGAAGAGACGUACCUUAUGGAUAGAUGGAGAGCCAAAUUGAAGCAAGUCAUGUCGGUCAGUGAACACAGUCAAGGCGCUCGAUCCAUGGAGAUGGUUCUCACUUACCUUGAGAACAAUGCCAUCCAAGUCACAGCUCAUCGUAAUAACAGCUUCAGUCCAGCACAUCCAACUGACAUCCCCACUACGCAAGACGUAUUCUGUAUCUGUCGUUCGUCGGAAUCUGGAUUAAUGAUUGAAUGCGAUACCUGUGGAGAAUGGUAUCAUGGAAACUGUGUUCGAGUAUCGAGACGAGAAGCCAAAGCACAAACAUCCUAUGUCUGUCCCGUAUGCAGCAUUACUGCUCCCUUCAGUGAUCGACCUCAUCUUGAGGAAUUUGAAGAGUUGCUGCAAGAAGCAGAUCAACGCUGGUUUGCAACUUCAGAAUACACCAUUUUGCAAUCACUUGUAGCUCGAGUGGCACGAUUCCGCGAAGAAGUUCGAAACUUCUGUCGGUCGAAACCUCAAUUGGGUGUCGAGGAUGUACCUGAUAUUCGAAAUUAUUUACGAAAACUCAUGGGCAUUGACGUGUAUCUGCAAGACGAAACCGAGUUCCUCAGCGAGAAGAUGCGUGUGUUAUCUCCACCGCCAGCGUUAACCACUGGUAAAAGGCUAAGUAAUGCUGGGCGAAAGACGUCCAUUGAUCGACCUCGAGGUGGUAAGAAACCGAUGGGCAGCAGCCAGCAUCCUCGUAACCGCAAAUCUUCUGAUACGUCGAUCUCUUUCAAAAAUGAGUCUGAUGAUGACGACGAUCCCUCUUACGAACCGAUAGCUAGACAACAGCAGCAGUCUCCACUACAAUCACAUUCCUCUCUUCAACGGCUUCCGUAUCAUGAUGUCAACCACGCCAAAGUCACUCAACCCAAAGACGAAGUUGAAGAUUCACAAGUUUACUGCUUAUGUCGACGAAGAGUUAGUGAUGCCAAGAAUAAUUCAAUGAUUCAGUGCGAUGUCUGUGAGGAUUGGUUCCAUCUUGACUGUGUUAACCUGUCAUCAACUGUUGUGGACCGCAUUGGCAAAUACAUGUGCCCUGCUUGCUCACAUUCCAGACAUUUGACCUAUCCGUACGGCCAAGUUCGUAUGCUGGAUGCAUACUUGGAGACCAAGAGAAGAUCGAUGGAUUUCAGCCAACUUCCCGAGCCAACUAAACCGGCCCUUGGACGACCACCCAAUAUCAUUCGACUGAAGUUACGACCACCCCUUUCUCCAGAGAUGUCAGAGAAGAAACGAAAAUUCUCGCAAGAUCAAAUCAAGGAUAAGAAAAAGCGUAAAUCUUCGGGUGACAAGUCUAGCACAUCACCUACUUCAGAACGGUCAGCCUUGCCUGAACCGUCGUCUAUUUUAUUCGUAUAGCUCCCUUAUCGUUUCUUGCGAUACCUCCCUCCUUGCAUUUGUCCCAUCACCCUUCUCUCCUUUCUCCUUUGUAUCAUAUGCAGUCAUUAGUCUCCACUUUCAAGUUACAUAAUUUUUGUUCUCAAUAAAUUCAGUACAGUUCAAACCAAUCCGGGGGUUUUUA